AUGUCUCAAAACCAAAACCCUGGUUCUUCGAAAACAACUAAACGUCGCCACGUAGAGUCUUUGUCUUCUGAUGAAGAAGUUUCUCCAGAUGUUGCAAAAUCUUGGCCAAAGUUUAUCGUUCUAUCUUCUGCUGAUGGAAAUCCAUUAAAAAUCAAUCCUUUCGCUGUAACCAAGGGCAUACAAAGUGUCUGCGGAGAAGUGAAGAAUGUAAAUCGUCUUCACAGUGGUUCAUUGCUUGUUGAAUGUGCUCGAAAGCAGCAAUCUGUUAACCUGCUGGGUCUCCAGGAGUUUGUUAACACUAAGGUUGUUGUCUCGGUGCACAAAUCACUGAAUUCAUGUAGAGGGAUAGUUCGGGACAGGGCUAAAUGUCUGUCUGAUAUGUCAGAAGAUGAAAUUUCUGCUUCUUUAACAAAUCAAGGCGUUACCUCUGUGAAACGCUUCACCAGAAAACAGGACAACACUAUUAUCAACACAAAUACUUACCUGUUCACCUUUGCCCUCUCCACUCUUCCGAAAUCAAUAAAGGCUGGUUACUUUAAUAUCGGUGUGGACGUUUAUAUUCCAAGCCCACUACGAUGUUUUAAUUGCCAAAAAUUUGGUCAUGGUGCCAGGACUUGCAAUCAUGUUUCUAUCUGUGUCCGUUGCAGUGGGGCUCAUGAGAGCGCAGAGUGCACAAAUGAAAUCAAGUGUGCCAACUGUGAUGGACAGCAUUUAGCAUCAUCCAAAUCUUGCCCCAGUUUUGAACAUCAGUCUAAAAUACUCAAACUUAAGUAUACCAACAACAUCUCUUUUGCAGAAGCCCAAAAAUUAGUUCCAAUAACGACACGACCAACUGUUGCCUCUUAUUCUGCAGCCGUAUCUUCAUCUUGUCCUGUUAAAGUUUCACAGCAAUCUGUUUCAUGUCAGACAGAGAUAUCUUGGGUGACAGAUACACAGGUCAUAUUUGAUCAAUCUGUCUCAUCCGAAACUGUCCACAAGACCUCAUCAGCUUCUAAGACGGAGGAACAAUCAGAAGCACUGACUGUGCCAACAUCUGACCAGGAAAAUGGGACAAUUCACCUGUCAAAAAAUCAACGAAAACAGUUAAAGAAAAAGGGUAAAACUCUAAAGCAUUUAGAGGUCCCCUCCUCUUUGGAUGCCCAUGUAACGGUUCACAAUCCAUUUGAACCGCUUCAUAUGGAUGUCACUCCAUCGCUUCCAAUACAUGAGAGUGGUCAUUCCAUACAUUCUAGACCCCCAGUUGAGCCUCCAUGA